ACUUCCUGAAUGAGACACAAACCACAACAAGAAGAGGGGAGAUUGAAAAAACGAAUCAGUCAUUUAUUCUUAUAUAUAUUUUUGUACAUUUCCGUUCUUUUAUCACAGACAUUAGCUAGCUAGUUUGGUUAGCUAACCACGGUAUUGAUCACCUGUUCUUAUCCCAACGGCUAAUCUCAUGUUAACGCUACCUGGCUGUAGGUAUUAUUAGCUUUUUAACAUCACCUACAGCACGCUGCUUGUCUUCUCUUCAUUAAAAAUACAUCUCAACACAGGUUCUUGUCAGCCUCCUUGAGCGAUUGAAUGAGGUGAAACUGGCAACAGUGGACAACCGCGCACACAAAGGGCCAUCGAUCAGUCAAGGAUGAUCAUGGAAGACAUGAAGAAUGAAGCCGACGCUGCCUCGAUAGUUUCUAUGGCUGUGUACACUGUGAUGUUCCCCGUCUUUAACCAGUUGGAGAAAGUCAACUUAUCAGCAGCACAGACCUUGAGAGCAGCCAUUAUAAAGGCAGAGAAGGAGAGCCCAGGUGUAACACAGGAUAUUGUUCUGAAAAUACUGGAGAAGAAGAACAUAAAAAUCGACUACCAUGAGUCUCUGCUUCGUAUGGCUGCAGACGAUGUGGAAGAGUUCAUGAUUGACAGGCGGGAGCCGGAGUUUCAGGAGCUGAACGAGAGGGCCCGAGCUCUGAAACACAUCCUCAGCACUAUUCCUGAUGAGAUCAAUGACAGAGUAGGCUUCCUACAGACCAUCAAAGACAUCGCCAGUGCCAUAAAGGAGCUGCUAGACACGGUUAAUACGGUCUUCAGGAAAUACCAGUAUCAGAAUAGACGGGUGCUGGAACAGCAGAAGAAAGAGUUUGUGAAAUACUCCAAGAGCUUCAGUGUCACGCUGAAAACCUACUUCAGAGACGGAAAAGUGAUAAACGUGUUUGUCAGCGCCAACCGGCUCACGCACCAGACCAACAUGAUCCUGCAGGCCUUCAAGACGUCGGUGUAGCGGCGCGGGAAGACACACACACACACACACACACACACACACACACACACACACACACACACACACACACACACACACACACACACACACACACACACACACACACACACACACGCAUCUUUAUUAGAGAACAGGUAACAUGAGGCUUUGUAUUACUAAUUUGUAAAGAGUUUUACUAUUUUGGGCUGUAUAAUUUAUAAUUCUGCGGCUUUGGGGGGAGAUCAGGUAGUUUGAUGUUCAAAGGGAAUCAGGUUGACGGUAACGGCCCGUCCACACAGCAGCGUUAAAAAAAUCUUGGAGGUGGGCGUAUCUGAAGCUUGGGGAUUUUUUGCGAGCAAGGCACCAACAACCAAUCACAUGAAUCUCCCGCCCCCGACAUACGAAGCAAAAAAGCCCGAAGUAAACUGGAUAUAAACUCCC